GGGUGGCAGUGCAAAAGAACGCGUUCAGUGAGAAGUGUCGCUCUAGUGAUUGGCUCUUUCUCCGCAAUUUCGCAUGUUUAUCGCGUCUCGGUAGUUUCGUUUAUUAAUUCAAUUCUUUUUAAUUUACGACAAUAACAAUAACAAAGCCUAGUUCGGUAGUGUAUUUUAAUGUCGUACACGAGAAAAGUGACCGUCAUAAGGCAGGGAUGCUCGGGUUCAUACAGCGAGCGAACCGUCACGGAAUCAACCAGCAGCGUCAGUUCCGGAUCUGGUUUCAGCAGCCUGUCGUGGUUCAAGAAGAAUUCCACACCCCUGGUGACAAUCGACAAUGAGACCCCAAAAAGGGCGACCUCGACCGUGACAGUGACUAAAAAUGCACCGACAAAGGCGCAGCAGUUCAACCGAAGCGCCGGUGGCGGUUCUUCGUCGUCAUCGUCCUUUGAGAGUGCCGUUUUGGAUGCGCACAAUCGACUACGUGCCCGACAUUCGGCCCCACUGCUAACGCUCAACGCAAGCAUCAGUCAGUACGCACAGGAAUGGGCCAAUAAUCUGGCGAGGCGUGGUACACUGCAGCACCGGACGAGCGAUCAGUACGGGGAGAAUUUGUAUGCGUGCUUUGGGAAGACGGAACUCACCGGUGAGGAGGUUGUGCAGUCGUGGUACAGUGAGAUCAAGCACUACCGUUACGGACAGUCAAGUCCCUCGAAUUUCUCCCAGGUGGGUCACUUUACGCAGGUCGUGUGGAAGGGCUCACGGGAGCUGGGGGUCGGUAUGGCACAGAAUGGAAAUCAAAUCUAUGUCGUGUGCAAUUACGAUCCGCCAGGAAAUGUUUUGGGUAGAUACAGCGCUAAUGUAUCCUCAGGUUGAUGGACCGAUUUUCUCACGUAGCGAUGUAACGAGUAAUAUUUAUGGUGAUAAUGUUUUUGUAGAAUAGUUUGCUAUAUAAAUAUUUGUAUAUAACAUAAUUCUUGGUCGAUAAUGAGAAAUCAGAAUGACCAGAAUAGUGAAAAUAAUUGGAUUGUCAGCAUUGUCAGUCAGUCUUCAGAAAACAAACGCAGCGCUGCGCUUGAGUUUAAUUUUCAUCAGCGCGCGCUCAAAGAAAACUCUUAUUCUCUCUUGGUGCGAAGAGCACAAAAUUCAUAAGCACGACAGCGCAAAAUGUACCCGGCGCAGAACUCAGAUACUAAACAUUUCUCGCGUAAUUUUUGAAAAGGUAACAAAUAUAGUAACAAAUAUAAACAAAUCUCGCGUAACUUUUGAAAAGGUCCUAUGUAACAAAUGUAAACAAAUCGAGUUAAUGGAUGCACGCUAUUAGUUUUCAAUCAUUGAAUGUAUUACAAAAACAAUCGUUCACGUAUCUAUCUUCUUCAUCUUUUUGUCGCCGAUACAAAAAAUAUCCAAUGUACAGAUUCGAAUUUUAAGCACCCGGCUGUUACUUCGGACGCCACUUUCCUCCGACGGCCGAAACGUCCGAAGUAACAAAGCAGUCAAAACAACUCGCAGUCGUACUUCGGUCGUUUUGGAAUUUGUUUCUUACAGGUGUUGUUAUCGAUUUCAGUGCAAUUCAACGAGUGAUAACAAUAAUAAUCAGUCUUUAGAACGAAAUGCUGAUAUUUGGAUUGUUGUUUAUUAGUUAGUUUCAAAUUUUUAUAGUGCAACGUAAUAUGUCCAAUGUGCAAACGCGGGCAGUCAAAACGUCCAAUGUAACAUUUUUCGCUCCGAGGCUUCAACCUUAAUCUCAAAUCACGGAACAAUAGUUACGAUUGGUUUUACGAAGUUAUUCUUGACAGCUAGUGGUGAAAACAGUGAUAAAGAUUGAUAGCUUUUAAGACAAUUCGCGAAAUAAUGUUCGGGUCUUCAACUACGUUUUUCUCGAGUUGGCGAAAAUGUUACAUUGGACCUUUUCAAAAGUUACGCGAGAAAUCGAGUUAAUGGAUGCACACUAUUACUGUUCAAUCAUUAAAUGCAAUGCGAAAACAA